UGAGAAUGAUAGCACAAUCUUGUUAUCAGAUCAAUGGAAUACCAAAGAAGGAAGAGCCCCAACAAGCAUGAUUCCGCUUUUGAAUGGGCGUUUGGCGAAUAUUCUUGAAGUGGGAGAGAAGGGUCUCUUAUUUUCUGCAGGGACAAAUAGUAGAGAGAAAUUUCAAAUUAACAAGAACUCGCCAUCCAUUCACAUUUCAAAAAUCUAACAAAGAGUGGAAACCAUGCUAUAAUUUGAGGCUUGAAGAAAACAGAAGGAUCAGUGAGGAAAGCCAGCGAGCUAUGUACAUUAAAUCAUACAUAUGAAACACUGAAUCAUUAUGGAGUGCUUAAAGCAUCAUAUGAACAUAUUUAUGGCAGCAUAUCUUCGAAGCAGAGCAGAUGUCAGUUGCGACAGCUUGCCAGGUGGCGCAAUACUGAAGAACGUGGCACGCUGCUAUCAUCGUACGUGGCCAUCGGAAUGCAAUGCCGCCGACAUGCCUGCGGCGUUGCCGUCUUCCCUACGCUUUCUUUCUCUUCCUUCUCCGUUAUAUAAAACGCCACACUCAAUGACGUUUUAUUCAGACGAAGCUAUUCAGCCAUUACUGAGUGAUCAGAAGAAGAAGAAGAACCAACGCGAAGAUAAAGUAGGAGAAGUAUGGAUUGGGGGUGGGACCCUACCGGGGCGCGUGGAACUCGUCGCCCUACACGGAUGUGGGGAUCGUCUAAGCUAUCGCACCGGCUGGGACGUUGGACUCCAUGGGGCUGGCGGCGGCGGCGGCGACGUCACUGCUCUCGCUCAUGCUCACGUCGACUGGCGCGAGACUGACUCUGCUCAUAUAUUCCGCGCUGAUCUUCCUGGGGUGAGGAAGGAGGACCUCAAGGUACAAGUUGAGGACGAUAACGUUCUGCAGAUAAGUGGGGAGAAGGUGAAGGAACAGGAGGACAAGAAUGACAAGUGGCACCGCGUAGAGCGGCAGCGUGGCAGCUUCAUCCGGCGAUUCCGGCUACCGGAGAAUGCCCAAAUGGAUCAGAUCAGUUGCAAAAUGGCGGAAGGAGUCUUGACUCUUACCAUCCCUAAGAAAGAGACACCUCCACAGAACAAGAAAUUGAGAGCAAUCAAUGUGGAUUAAUUACCAUCUACAAAUUGAGCUCAGGAUAUAUGGGCACCUAGUUUAUGUCUGGAUAUAAUGUUUUUUGAAUUUCUAUAUAUGUGUUUG